GUUGGACCGCUGGACAAACGCAAAAUCAUCACGCGCUGCCAGCCAUGUGCGACUCGACGGGUCAAGUGUGCUGGGGGCCAUCCAUGCGAUCGAUGCCUCCGGCUGCAGAAGCCUUGUGUGCCACAGCCGCAGCCACAGCCGCGGCUCAAGCACGCCCAAGUAAGGUUCGUCUAUACUCUCUCAAACGCGGCCUACCCCAACGUGCCAUCCCAAGUGCCGAGGCCCGAUGGCAGUAUAUAUCUGGACCAUUUCGCGUCCUUCCUGCAGCGUUGCCGCUUCAGCGACGCGUUCGCGGCCGCCAAUGCAGAUAUCAUCAGUGUCAUCGGCCGAUACCCGUUGCUCCGGCACAUCACAAUGGCGAUUGGGGCGCUGGAGGCGGGGCGCAAGGGCGCGAUCCGGUCCUUCGGCGCGCAGGAGUCGCCGCUCCAGAUCGCGUUCCGGGCCUGCGGGCGAUCGAUCCGCAGUCUGCGCGCGACCACCGUCUCGACUGGGGACCCGGUCUAUCGGGAGGAUGUGCUGUGGUGCACCUUUCUCCAUGGGCUGUUUGAGCUGAUGGCCGAGAGCUCGGGCGACUCGUUCGCAACGCAUGUGGUGUUCGGGACGUCUCGCGUGCUUGCGCUGCUGGAGCCCACCACAAGCCCGCUCUCGCUGCCCACGAAGAGCUUGAUUGAUGCGUUCGGGAUCCUCGAGAGUCACAGAGCCAUCCUCUACGGCGACAAUGCCACCCUUGAUCCAGCCAGAUUUGACAUCCACCAAUCCCAGCCUCCCUGCCAGACACCUAGUUUUCUGGCCGCAGCUAACGCUCGCCCCCUCAUGCUGGAUAGACUGUUCGACGAGAUCGAGGCCAUUGAUCCCGACCGCAGAUCCUCAGAUCCAAGAUUAGACGCCCGUGCCCGCGCCGGGCUUGCGAUCCGAGAAGCCCUUCUGAUUUGGCGUGACGAAGCAACAAGCUUGCGGAGACCGCUUCCGAUAGAGCCUUCCACGCAAUUAGCCGUCGUCCUCAACCACGCUCUGGAGCUCUACCACUGCAUGAAUUUCACUUUCUACCCCUGCUGGUCGACGAGGACCGUCCCCCGGCUGACGCAGAGUGAAGUCGACGCGAACGUCGCGGCAAUCCUGCAUCUGUCGGGAUGCCUUCUCGCGGAUACAGACAUCCCGGCGGUGCUCCUGCUCUUCCCGGUGCGAAUGGCUGGAGCCCAUGCUUCAGGGCAACACGCCCGGGAGAGAGUGGUGGACACGAUCCGGCAGAUCCGGCAGAAGGGCUUCGUCGUUGCAGAUAGGAUCGAGGUUGAUUUGCAUGAGGUUUGGGCGUAUGAG